GCCCUUUUCUCUCCUCUCUUUUCUUCUUCUCGCUCUUUGUGAGUGUGUUCGGCCGUUUGCAAUUGAAAAUUGAUAAUUGAUAACUGAUAAUUGAAAAUUGAAUAGAUGGGUGUGGGAGGAAAGUUCUGGGAUUUGCUGAGACCUUAUGGUCGACAGGAAGGUUGUGAUUAUCUGAGGGAUAAACGGGUGGCCGUUGAUCUGUCCUUCUGGAUCAUUCAGCACGAAACUGCCGUCAAGGGUUUAGCCCUGAAUCCUCACCUGAGGCUCACCUUCUUCCGAACGAUCAAUCUCUUCUCCAAGUAUGGAGCGUACCCAGUAUUUGUGGUAGAUGGAACACCUUCACCCUUGAAAUCUCAGACCAGAAUCUCUAGGUUUUACCGAUCUUCUGGAAUUGAUACCUCCUCCUCGACUAGUCUCCUCCAAGAGGGCCUCGUCUCCGUUGAGAGAAAUAAGCUGUUUUCUGAAUGGGUUACCGAAUGUGUGGAGCUACUAAAAUUGAUGGGUAUCCCUGUUCUGAAAGCAAAAGGAGAAGCUGAAGCUCUCUGUGCUCAACUCAAUAGCCAAGGUUUUGUCGAUGCUUGCAUUACUCCUGACAGUGAUGCUUUCCUCUUUGGUGCCUACUCCGUUAUCAAAUCCAUCAAGCCUAAUUCACGAGAGCCAUUCGAGUGCUACCAUAUGUCAGAUAUAGAAGCUGGCCUCGGUCUGAAGCGGAGACACUUGAUAGCCAUCUCUCUUUUGGUUGGUAACGACUUUGAUUCCGGUGGUAUUCUUGGGAUUGGUCUCGAUAAAGCACUUCGCAUUGUCCGUCUCUUCUCUGAUGACGACAUUCUCCAAAGACUAGAGGACAUUGGAAAAGGGUUUAAACCUGACGUGAGUGGUGGAAUCAAAUCAGUUGAUGGUGAAGAAGAAUCCAGCUCUCAGAUGAAAAGAAGACUUGCUCAUUGUUCUCGUUGUGGACACCCAGGCAGCAAGAGAACUCAUUUCAAGUCCUCUUGUGAGCAUUGCACCUCUGAUUCCGGUUGCACUAAGAAACCAUUGGAGUUUAUAUGUGAUUGCUCCUUCUGUUCCAAGGAUCGAGUUUUCAAGGAACAAAAGAAAACCGAGAACUGGUGGAGCAAUGUGUGCGGUAAAAUUGCCCUAGGCCCAGAUUUUCCCAACAGAAAGAUUAUCCAACUCUAUCUAUCCGAUAGUUUCACAGAAGGUGGGUCUUCAAUGUCUUGGGGAACUCCUGAUACCGAAAUGCUAGUGGAUUGCAUGGUCUUCAACCUGCACUGGGAUCCUUCUUAUGUUAGAAAAAUGCUGCUUCCCAUGUUGUCGACCAUUUAUCUAAGAGAAAGGGCAAGAAACAGCAACAACACGGGAAAUCCCUUGUUAUGCGACCAGUACGAGUUCCAUUCAAUCAAGUGCAUGAAAACUAGAUAUGGGCAUAAGUCAUUUGUGAUGAGGUGGAGAAAACCCAUACCUACAACUGGUUUAACUCCAGAGAAACCGAUUGUUGUAUGUGAAGAUGAAGUGGUGGAAGAGAAGGAGUGUGUUGAUGAUCCCUUAGAUGGGUUAAAUGAACCACAAGUGCAAGAUGAAAACGGUGAAUGCUUCUUGCUAACUGAUGAAUGCCUAGGACUUGUUCAGUCUGCUUUCCCGGAGGAGACAGAGCACUUCCUACAAGCAAAGAAACUGCGAGAGUCGAAAAAGAAGAAUGUUUGUAAAGGAGGAGGAUCAUCAUCAAAUUCAAUGGGUGCACAAAAAAGUAUAACUGAUUUCUACCGUUCAACGAAGGCAGCAGCAGCAGCAACACCAGCUCAAAGUAUAGACGUAGAGGGGAGUUCAAUAGCUUCUGCAGAAAAGAAGAGACAAGCAACUAGUAGUAGUAGUAGUAGCUUCUCAAAGUCUGUAAGGCGUCGUCUUUUGUUUGGAUAGGAUAGUAACAUAACAUACUCUUUGUUAUUCUUAGUAAACCCAGUUUCAGGUCUGUAUAAAGGGAUUAGGGUGAGAAAAAUUAAACCCAGUUUCAGGUCUGUAUAAAGGGAUUAGGGUUUGAAUAUUUUUGCUCUAAUGUACUAAGAUCAUCUUUUUUUUAGUUAGAGACUUUUGCAC